AACACAUCAACACUUUUGUCUGUGCCUGUGUCUCUACUUUCCUAAGGUUGUCUGGCCUGAGCCUCAAUUCCACAUAUUCAAACCUAUCCGCCCGGGAUGAUGCUUCGGUAUCUGCCAGCUUCAAUCGGCUAUGGGGUUGAAUAGCGCCACUACAUUAGGACAUUGAAACCACCUCCCCUAAGUACCUAGGUGCCUACACCAUCCGUUAGGUGGAAAUUUCACACCAUCGUCACAGCACGCUAUGGACGCAUUCUUGAAAGGAACGAAGAGGAAGCCGUCUACUACCGUGAGCUUGCCAUCGGAAGAUGACGAGUCGACAGACCUAAAAUUAGCUAUCCUCUCGUCCUUACACUCUGCCACCAGCCAGGAGGUAUUGCUUGAAGCACUCUUGGCGCAUGAUGGUUCUGUGGAGGCAGCAUCCACCUCUCUAGCCGGUGUUGGUUCAACAUAUCCCGUGAAGCAACGUAAAGGCGUAUCUAGCCUCCAGACCUCGCUGAGAUCAUUCAUAUCCAAGCCUCUAGCUAGAGAGCGGCCCGCGUCGGCUAAGAAACCGAGGCUACUUUCCAAGAAGGGGGCGACUCUUCACCUAUUUGACCCGGAAGAUAUAUCAGAACACACUCCGUGUAGUAUCAUUCACAAUUUUCUACCGCCCGAUGAAGCCAACGAUCUUCUCAGGGAAAUGCUAGAUGAAUCUAGCUCGUUUGAGAAGAUCACUUUCAAGCUAUUCGACAAUGUCGUCCAAAGCCCACACACCUCCAGCUUUUAUGUGGGGACGCAGGCUGAGAUCGACUCCCAGAAGCACGACUACUUCUACAAUGGAGCUCGUUUGACCGAUAUCCGACAUAUCACGCCCCAACUUUCGCGGGUAAGGCCGCGAGUCGAGGAAGCAGUGAAUAGAGAAAUCCAGAACCGCAUCCGGACUCGUUACCCCGGAGGAGAAAAGCUCAGAUAUCAGUCCCCGGGUCUAUGGUCUCCAAACUGCGCCAUGGUGAAUUGCUACGAUGGACCCCAACAGAAUGUCGGUUAUCAUAGCGAUCAACUGACCUACCUGGGCCCGCGAGCCGUGAUAGGCUCGCUGUCUCUAGGAGUAACCAGAGAAUUCCGCGUCAGGCGGGCCGUGCCAAAGGAUUCCGACAACGACGAGACCGACGAUCCUGACGCCGAAGGACAGAUCUCUAUACACCUCCCACAUAACUCGCUCUUGGUGAUGCAUGCGGAGAUGCAAGAGGAAUGGAAGCACUGUAUUGCUCCAGCUCAGACAAUCGAACCUCACCCCAUCGCGGGCAAUCGAAGAAUCAAUAUAACCUACCGCGACUAUAAGCGGGGGUUUCACCCAAAGUACACACCGAGAUGCAAAUGCAGCAUUCCAGCCGUUCUGAGGGUUGUCCAAAAGAAGAGAGAUAAUUACGGGAAGCACUUUUGGAUGUGUUAUGCUGGAAAUGUGCCUGGUAAGGAGAACUGUUCGUUCUUUCAGUGGGCCGACUUCGACGACGACGGAAAUCCUAGCUGGGAUCAGUCUCGCUGUAAGAAAACUGCCCCAGAUGGCAACACUUAAAGCGACAAAGCGCAGAUACGAUGACUCUAUCAAGACGCUCGAUCCACAUGCAAUCGCAGAUACCUAUUUGACGUGACAGGACCAUGGCAUCACAAUAGCCAGGCAGCCCUUACCGUCGUUUAGAUUGCAUAUAAUGGUUGGAUCAGAGCCAGGAUUUUGAUUCCGACGACCGCGAACUACGGCUGCCUGCAACUACGGGCCUCCGACCCCGUGCCCCUUUGAUAUCGAUACUCUACGGCUCGACAUAUCGCGGUUCGAUGAUGUUGUAGCCGUCGAACUGUUGCACGUUCAAAUC